GGGCGCGGCGCUCCCGGCGUGCCGCGCGCGGGCGGAAGCGGAAGUGAGUGCGCUGGAAUCAUGGUGCCGCCGGGGCGGGGAAGGAGCCGCCGCCGCUGCCGGGGGCUCGAUGAGCUGUCGCGGCCCAGCCUGAGGAUAUCGCAGUGAGCGGCGGGGGAGCCAUGGGGGAGAACAGCCCCGAGGGCACCGCGCUGUGCUGCGAGGCGGAGGAGGAGGAAUUGAGCCGGGAGGACGGCGGGAUGAGGUUCGCCGAUAAAAACGGGCUGGUCUCCUCCUCGUCCGGGACGGUGUACGACAGGACGACUGUGCUCAUAGAGCAGGACCACGGCGUGUUGGAGGACGAUGAGGAUGAAGGACAGUGUAGCGAUCACUUGCCUUUUUUACCCGAGGGUCAUGAAGAAGGAUUUCAUUUGAUAGCAGAUCAUGAAGGAAUGUCCCAGGGUUACGUGCAACAUAUAAUUUCUCCGGAUCAGAUUCACCUGACAAUAAAUCCUGGUUCGACUCCUAUGCCAAGAAAUAUCGAAGGAGCAACGCUCACUUUGCAGUCUGAAUGCCCAGAAACCAAGCUUAAAGAAGUUAAGAGAUACCAGUGCACCUUCGAGGGCUGUCCGCGCACCUAUAGCACCGCCGGAAACCUGCGCACUCACCAAAAGACGCAUCGUGGGGAAUACACCUUUGUCUGCAAUCAAGAAGGCUGUGGCAAAGCCUUUCUUACCUCCUACAGCCUCAAAAUCCACGUUCGAGUGCACACUAAGGAAAAGCCGUUUGAAUGUGAUGUGCAGGGCUGUGAAAAGGCAUUCAAUACACUGUACAGGUUGAAAGCACAUCAGAGGCUUCACACAGGGAAAACAUUUAACUGUGAAUCAGAAGGCUGCAGUAAAUACUUCACAACGCACAGUGACCUGAGGAAGCACAUUCGAACACACACAGGAGAAAAGCCAUUUCGGUGUGAGCAUGACGGCUGUGGAAAGGCUUUUGCUGCAAGCCACCACCUCAAAACACAUGUUAGGACACAUACUGGGGAGAAACCUUUCUUCUGUCCCAGUAAUGGCUGUGAGAAGACUUUUAGUACACAGUAUAGUCUCAAGAGUCACAUGAAAGGUCAUGAGAAAGGACAUUCCUAUAAUGCACUUCCCAAUAACAAUGUGUCUGAGGAUACAAGCCACUCGCUCUGUCUGAGUGACUUAAGCCUCAUAUCAACAGAUUCAGAACUGCGGGAGAACUCUAAUCUAACACAUGGACAAGACCUGAGCACAAUCUCACCAGCAAGCAUCUUUGAGUCUAUGUUUCAGAGCCCAGAUCAUACCACAAAUCAGGAAGACUCUAAGCAGACAGCUGCCUUGAUUGAAGCUUUUAAUGGUCAUGCAGACUCAGUCACUGCUGUUCCGCCUUCUGCAGGAGAUUCAGCAUCGUUGUCUCUUCCACUUGUACUGCAGCUUGGCAUCUCUGAGCCUUCGCAUUCAGCACUACAAGCCUCAGCAGCACCUGCUGCUCCCUCCAUAGGAACCAGCUCACAGCAAGCUGCAUUUGGAAAUCCUGCAACUGUUUUACAAUCCCCAGAAGUGCCUGUUCCUCACAGCACACAGUUUCCAGCCAGUCACCAAGACUUUCUGCAGCACACUCAGACACCACCGCAGCCCGUUGUACAAGGACUUUCAGUGGUUGCUGGGGCACCUGCCCCGACAGCACCAAGUGCCACUGAACCCUUGCCGGCUGUAGUUCAGACUGUGCCUGUUGGUGCGAACUCUGUUCUGACCAGUAAUCCAACGAUAACAAUUACUCCUUCUCAAAGCGCCGCUAUUCUGCAGUCCAGCAUUGUCAUGGGAGAGCAAAACUUGCAAUGGAUAUUAAAUGGUGCCACUGGUUCUCCACAAAGCCAAGAACAAAUGCCACAAGUUCCGAAAGUAGUAGAAAAAGUUUUUUUUACCACUGCAUUACCAGUAGCUGGCAACACAGGAAGCCCUGUUCAGCAGAUCGGUCUCAGCGUUCCUGUCAUCAUCAUAAAGCAGGAGGAGGCCUGCCAGUGUCAGUGUGCCUGCCGAGACUCUGCCAAGGACAAAGCCACCAGUAAGAAGGAAUGUCCCUCACCUGAACCGAAAGCUUUGGAGCAGCCAGCUCCCCAGCUGCAGCCUCAGACCUUUCCUUCCUCUUCCCCUUCUCCUUCGUGUGGGCAGAGCAGUCAGAUAGUUACCCCGUCAGACUCACAGACUGAAACAUUAAGUGCCAUGGAUGUAUCGGACUACCUGUCCCUCCAAAGCCCUGAAACCCCAUCCAAUAUAAUUCCAAUUGAAGCACUACUGCAGGGUGAGGAAGAAAUUGGUUUGAAUAGCAGCUUCUCUAAAUGAAGAUGUUCCAGAUUUUCUUUUGCACCUGGAGGGUAAAACCCUUCUCCUUAGAAGCAGAAACUGAAGGAUCGAUUCUUUUUCCUUCCUCUCUGGAAGUUUUGUGGCUUAUUUCUGCUUCACAGAUGUCAUCUUAGUCACAUCCCAGGUACAUCCAUCUUUGAGAAUCUAUCUAAAAAAAGAAAAGUCAAAAAAAAAAAAAAAAGCUAAGUUAUAUAUGAACUGUUUUGGCUGCACUGUCUGUCACUUUUGCUUGUCAUAUGUGAACACGGAAGUUAAGGUUACUCGUGUGCAAAAAGAUUUUAAAAAGAAAAAGGGGGGUUAGUUUGUCUCCAAUUGCACAUCACUUAUGUUUGGAAUUUAAGGUACUGGCAGCGAGUGGGUCUUUGUUACAACUCCUUGGGUCUAUAAUUUUCUUUUGUCUCUUAUGUCUGAUACUAACCAUGCACUAUAAGGGGAGCCCGGGAAAGGAAAUUGCUGUAGCAGAAAAUGGUUUCAUUGUAGUAGAAGGUGAUUUAUCUGCAAUUUUUUUGGAAUGUGAUUGUCACAUCACUGUGUUGGGAGGUGAUGCCUGGAUUUGCAUUGUACUAACGCUAUUACUAAAGCCUACAGAAAUUGUUGGGGAGCUUAUUUCAGCAGAGCACGGGGUGCUUGUGCUCCUGAUAGAUCUGUUCCUUUAAGUUCGUUAGGACUUGAGAUGUGUUGGCAGAUACACUGCUUCACAACACGGAAACACAGCUGGAGCCCCUGCUCGCUCAGACUCACGAGUCUGUUUUCUUUGCCUCUCUUUGAAGGAUGCAGUGAGUUCCAGACGUAGUCAGAUCGGUGUCUGCUGCUCUUUUGAUUUACUUGGCUCUGUUCAGAAACGAGUCAUCCUCUUAAACAAGCCCUCCGACUGUUUAAUCAGGAGCAUGGUGCCUUUGCUGGUUACUAUCAUCUUUUGUCAAGAACAAACCUAGGAAAAAUUCCGGAACGAUUUGACAUAAAUUCAGUUUGAAUUCAGUGAGGUUUAUCCUUCAGUUGUCCAGAGAUGCUUCCUCCUUUCUGUUAAGCUAUAUGAUUUCUGCCUGAAUCUGCCUCCAACCUACUGCAGUGCCAGCUUUUGUGCACGGGGCUAUUUCUUGACUAAAAGAUGUUACACGACAUAGUAGUUUUUCAUAUCAAACUGAAAGUCUAUAUUCUAACCUACUCAGGGUAAAUAAAACACAAACCCCCCUUCCACCAAAAAGCCUGUAAUGUUGCAAUAAAUGCAGUCUCAUUCUAAAUGGUUUAUUUAUGCUGCAUUAUUUUAAAAGAUGUAAUUUUAUAGUGUUUUAUCCAUCUUUAUGGCUUUGCCUGUCAGUCUUUUUGUGUUAAAGGAAAGAAUAUUAAAUAGUCUUUAUUCAGUUUACAGUGUUGUUAUUAGUGAGAUACAAAGAUAACGACUGUAAGCCAAUUAACGGGGAGCGUCUCUGUGCACUAAAUUUAGGAAUGCAGACUCCUAGUGGUUAGAGAUCUUUCACUGCUCUUUGCUUGUAUUUGAUCAAAGCUGCUCGCUGCACCUGCUGGGGACAGAAUCGCACGAAUGCAGCCAGACCUCCCCAGGAUCCCUGAGGAUUUGGAGGUUUUUAACCCCUUGGUGACAUGCUCUGUGUAGCCUUACCACCGUCACUGUCACGGUUUUAGCUGGAACAGUGGCUUAAGCUCUCUCUCUUUCGAUUCCCUUGCAAAUGCACUGCCACAGCACAGAUGGAAGUGGGCUGAAGGGGGCUGGCUCCUCACCUCUCCGACAUCUCCUUUCCACUUGUUACGCGCCGAAGGGUGAAACUAGGGUUGUGCCACUAGGGUGAAUGUGAGGGAGGAGAGGCUGUGCUGCGUGUCGUGUCACUCGACUCGGGCAGAGCGCGUGGUGUUUCGCUAAUUGCAGUGACGAGCUUCGGGGCAUCAGCUGAGCUGGAAGCACGCUGCUUGUGUUUCCUCUCUGAGCGUCGGCUCAGCUGCGGUGCUGUGCAGCCCAUCACAGAGGGGAUGUGGGUCUUGCAGCAAUAAGGUCUGCGUCCUUGAAAUGCGGAUUGACAAAGCAUUUGAUGUUUUGUUCUAGUCAUGCUAACCCUCGAGGACAGCGUGGUGGUGGCCCUCUGGUUUUUGGUUUUUUUUUCCUCUCUUUUUUUUUUCCCCCCUACAGUAUCAUCUUGUGAUGCAGUUUGGUUGCAUGGCAGCAAGAAACUGCUUUGAACACAGAAAAAAAACCAGCCUCAAGUCUGCGUGGCUGGGACUGUCUGCCCACGGAUGAGUGUCCUGCAGUUCCCUCGUGUAGAGCUUGGCCUUGAAGGAGCGUGAGAGGCGCCUGGAGUGCGUGGGGCUUCACCAGGGGACACAGGCCACCGAGUGGCCUCCUGCCUUCCCUCGGCGUUGCGGUGUUUGAGGGUGCGUGGACGUGCGUGUGUGCGCGUGUGAGAGAGUCUGCUAACGCAGGAGCACAUAGGUUCCCCUGGAGUCGUGGGGUGUUCUCUGAGGGGGACAAGGGUACCAGAUGUGCCCCGAAAUGUGACAGCUGGGGGGUUUGGCAACCUCUCCUGAGCCUUUCCAGCCUUCAGGGAAGCAUUUUUCCUCGCUAGUCUUGCUACUCGUGACUUAGUUCACCUAAAACUCGGUGAUUUAGGCUAGACAGCAUCUUCAGAAACUCCUUCCUGGUAGAAAUCAGUCAAACAUCUACCAAAGGCUUUGAAAUUGGAAGCCAAUUUGGAGGUGUGGUAAUUAGCAGCAAUAGGAUGCUGCUUAGAUCCUUUCCGAGUGGAGGUUAGAGGUUAACCCCUCUGCUGCUUUCUCUUCACAGCUACUGUUUCCUGUCGGUGUUUUAGGAAAAGCAACGUGUUCCAGGUUUAUGCUGACUUCUGGGUGCUUCGGGUGUGCGGUUACCCUCUUGCGUGCGCGUCAGACGGGCUGCAAUUUAGGUGAAACUCAUUAGAGCUUGUAACGAGUCAAGCGGCGUGGUUCUGUGAGCGCAGAGCCUGCUCCGCCACGAGCUGUGCGUCCCGCCCGUCGCGUCGUAGAGUUGCGUGCUGCUGUUGUUUAAUUGUCGGCCGGUUUUCCCGAGCGUUCCACGCUGCGCGUACCCGGUACGUCUCGCAGCGGCCGUUUGCGUUACCCCCAGUGCUGUGGGAUCGAACGCUGUGCCGCCGCGGUGGUCGCUCACACGCUCGGCUGGGAGGAGGUGCGUGAGCGGCUGGCAAGGGGAGGCAGUCAGUCACAGCAAAGCCCUGAGAUCCUCGGUGCCAGGGAGUUUUCCGGCCUUCUCCCCCCGUUGCCCAGGCAUUUCACAUAUUCACAAUAAGAUCUUUAAUCAAGAACGGAGUUUCUGCCGUUGCAGGUCUGGUAAGAUGUCGGAUUUUCCCAGAAAGGGGCGUGUUCUGCUCGUGUGCUGGAGCCUCUGAGACCAGCGUGCCCUCCCUCUGCGAAAUCUGCAUUUCCCAAACGCCUUUAAUGAUCAGUCAGAGAGCAGAACUGCUCUGGGUCGUUCUGUGUUAAAGGAUUUGCUCUUCGGUGGCUUGUGGGGAUUGACUUGGUGACUUAGAGUUUCUAGAUGGGUGCAGGAGCUUAAACGUGUAGAACGGGUCCAAUUGCCACCGUCGGUAGCUGUAGUGGCCAAGCUGCGACCCAAGCAAGCAAACCUGGCACGCAGCUGAAGGCUGUAGAAGUUGCUUUUCAUGCUCGUAGUUGGUAGAGGGGCGGAAAAUCAGCACUGUUUAAAUGCUGGUACUGAAUGAUAUAGAACAAAGUACGAAUUGGGCACUUCUGUAAUGCUAACUGUGUCCAGAAAGACUAGUUCGCAGAACCUCAUACUGGUAUCUAAAAUGCACUUUAGGUUAUUUUAUCUUUAACCCAAUUGCUGCAAUUUCUUUUGUAUAUACUUUCACAAAGUUUAUUUUUGCUCUGAGUAAAAGUUAACAGGGGUGUGCAAAGAUGAGCACUUAACUUGGUGCAAUACUUGUAGCUAAAGAUCAUUGUCCCACGUGGUCGGUCUGUCUGUGUCUGUCUGAUGGAGCGUAUUUAGUGACUAGCUCGGUGACGUGUUGCCCUACCCUGCCUGUACCCGAGAGGAAUUAUGCAUCGUUAGCAAACGUCCGAUCUAUGCAAAUAUCCCACGGAGAGCACUGUGCUUUAGCGGGCCUUUUCUCUCACGCUUUCUGGGGAGCCGCUCGUCACUUCUGCAGGGAAUUCGUACCUUCCUCCCACCCCGUUCCUCGCCUCCUCCCUCCUCCUCCCCUCUCUCCUGUCCCACGAGCGUGAACAGAAGUGACAAGCCGUUCUGGAGCAGGCAUGUUGCACCUUUACAAUUUGUCUUCACGAGAUCGUUUUCGAUGUCCUCUUCUCUGCCUUACUUCGCGGAGGAUGGCGCUUCCGCAGUCAUCCCAGCUCCUGUUCGUGCAACUGCAGCAACGUUGUUGAACUGUUUACAGUACUCGUCCUGCACCGAUUAGAAACACGGCUCGGAGAACCAAUUAACGAGCGGCCUGCUGGUUGUGGAGCUGCUGGGGGAAAUUCGUUAGGGCGUAAUUGACCUUGAAGUUGAUUGGAGAUGAAGAGCUGUUGCUGGUGGGUGGGGGUUGGAAACACAGGUGGCAGCUGAAACGGGAGGCGGCCAGGGCCGGGACGCAGAGCAGACGGGACCUCGGUGUCGGGAUCCUUGUUUUGCUGGCCGGCUCUGUGACCUCGGGCAAGACACUUAACCUCUCCGCGCCUCAGUUUCCUCCCUGUAAAACGAGGACGUUGAAACUUUUCUCUGUAAAACGCGUUGAGAUCUACGAGUGGAAAGUCCUUUGCGGUAGUAAUGGGAGCUAGCUGGACAGAAUUGUGAGAGCCGAUUUGGACCGUAAGGCAAAAAAAAACAAACAAAAUAGCACGUCUUUAACAAACCCUACAAAUUUCUGAUCGUGUAGUUUUUAAUUGGUAAACUAUUUUCUCCUUACCCUAUUUUGGAAGCAACGUCAAGUUUUUAUAAAUGUUACCUGUAGUCGAUACUCAUGGACAGGGCUGAACUUUUAACUUUUUUGCGUCUUGUCUCGAUAUGUAUCCUCUGUUCUAGAAGUUGGAUUCUGUGUCUGCACUGAGAAAUGCAAAUUAAACUGGAUAUUUAUGUAGUAGUGUACAUAGUCUAAGUGUGUGUGUUCUUGGAACUAGUUUAAAAAUCCCACACCAUGCUUUUGGUGGUGUGCAAGCUGGCCAAAAUUUGGUUCGUUAUGCAGCGUACACUUUUCUCAAAUAAAUGCAGUUUCUACUUUUUCUUACAAGAAGUUUUUUUCAUACGAUCUUUUUCAGCAAAACCAAGGGUAUGUUUUUGCAGUACCGUAGCGACAGUAGCUGGUGUGUCUCGCCGCGUAGCUUUGUGUCCUUCCGCUUGCUUUUCGAACCAGAGCUCUCUGUCGGACCCUCGUUUUGGGGAGAGAGUUGCAGUUGCAGUUCUAUUUCGCACUGACUAGCGUCAGCGAGGCGGGCAGGGACGUGCUAACCUCAGGCCUGGCUGGUUACUGAAGUCGUCCUCGGCAUCGACAUCUGCAGAACCGUCAGACCAGGGAGCCCAGGGGAACCUUAGGCUAUUUACUGCUUUCGUUUUGUUUGACACGUACGGGGAGCUGGGCAACGGUCUUGGAGAUGAUAAAAGAAACGAACCCCAGUUUUUCGAGAGUGUGUUUAAGGUAUUAAAGGAAUUUAUUUAACUAUGAAACAUGGGAACAAAUGUGCUUACAUUGAGCAAUGUGAAGAUGUUAGUUACAGGUACAGUACUUCCAAAGGAAGAGCAUCUCCAAAACCCAAAAAAAAAAAAAAAGAGUAAAUAUGAAUUUGUAUUUUUUGAAGAAUGUAAAAUGUGAAAUAAUGGUGUUUGCUUAAUUGCUCAUUUUGUAUGAAGUUAAUAUUGUACUUUGAAAUAUCUACAAAGAAGUGGAAAUUAACUUUUUUUGGAAUUGAAAGCAAUAUUAAUACUAAUGGAAUCCUAAUUAAAUGCUUAUUUAAA